AUGCGCCGGGUGGGCGAUAGCGCCUAUGUCUUCACCUCGGUCCCCUGUUCCCCCGUCGCGCCUCGGACCUCGAGUCACCUCACCCUAUCGACGCCGCCGCUGCCGCGCAAGAAGUCGGCCCAACUCCACCUGCCCAUGGCCUCCGUACAGAGCCAAGACUCGCUCGCAGGGCUGCUGUCGCCCGGCCGCGCGCCGACAAACAGCGGUCGGCUCGAGCGACUGUUCUCCAGGUUCAGGAAUAAGAGCUCGACGGUGGCGCGGAGGGCCAGCAAGAAGUCGCCCAAGCUGCCACGCGCGGUGAGCGACGAGCAGCUGGACCACCACAUGCAGCCCGAGGAGACGAUCCACGACGAUGCCGAUGACGAGGAACCUGGCCGCCCGCCCUGGACCCGAUCGGCCACCACCUCGUUCCUCCCCGUGCCCACCAGCUUCUCGUUCAGCCCUAUUGCUCAUCACCACCAGGCUGGCUCGGGUGGCGAAGUGCUCAGCGGUCGAUCAUCGCCGAUGGCACUGCCCCGUAGCAACAGCGGCUUCGUGGCUUCGCAGUCACAUCACCUCUCGCUACCACCAGCCAUCGCGACCUAUGGCCGUCGCGGUUCAGGAAGCACCGAUCUGACCGGCCUGCUGCCUAUGCAGUCGCCGCCGCAGCUCAUCAGCCCGCUGUCGUCGGGCGUGGUGCCGACGGCGCCCACCGCCAGCACGUCGCUCGCGUACGAGUCGAUGUUCGGCGACCUGGCGAUCAAGGCCGUCUUCCACAAGGCGUCGCUGGCCGAGGGCCUCGACGUCUCGCUGCUGCGCGUCAACGAACGGAAGCUGGACUUCUCGCUGGUAGUGCACCAGCUGGAGGCCAUGCACCAGUUCCAGUGCCGCGGGGUGGCGAUCGAGCUGUGGUACGUGGACGACGAUGGCGACCAACUGCGCAUCACCGACACCCCGGGCCUCGUCUACGCCUGCCAGGACUGGCGAGCCCAGCUACACAAGACCGGACGAGACCGGCAAUCGAAGCAGGGUGUGUGCCGCAGCUUACGCCUCUACAUCAACGAGACAGGGUGGAUGGUGGCCCUCAAUUUUUGCAUAUUUUACGUUAAUCUGUAA